UCCGAAUCGCGCGGAACCGACUCUAGUUGCAUCGGUCGUUCUAGCGUGCGGUGUCGGAUGACGGUGAGUUACGCCCCGGAAACGCGUAAGAUCACAUCGAAUACCGCGGAGUGAAGCAGUGAGGUGAAAACGCGCGACUCGAGAGAGUGUGUGGCGUUCACUAGUUCAACAACGAAAAUUUGAAGGCAAACCCGGAAGCCACACGAGCGUUCUUCAAUGGAAAUUUCAGUGAAGUGCACACAUUGCAACCAUCAUCAGCCCAAAUUUUCACCAAAAGCAACCGAAACAGGUGGCACGUGUUUCCGGAAUCGGUAAAGUGUUACGAUCAUACGAUUGCAAUCGGGAGUGCGUUUGGGCGGAAGAGGAGUUGUGAAGAAAAGUUAUCAAAAUGUUGCCCCAAAGUUAACCGCUUCCCUUCGCAACCGAAAAGUGUAACUGAUUUAACCGGAAUCGCAUCGCAAAGAAAAGUUGUUGAAAAGAAAAGUGCCGCACGAGUUGUGAGACAGUUCAGCAGCACCCCUGUCGCUUGUCUUGUGACAGAAAGUGGCCACAACUUUCGGGGUAGCAGAGUCCUUCGCAGAAAGUUGCAACCCAAUCCAACCGAAACGUGACGAAACGGGCGAGUCACGGUGAGCUGACGGACUGGACGGAGCCGGAGGGUGGAUCAGUCGUAUCAGCAACGGCCGGAUUAUUAAUUAACUGACCGAACUGACGGGCUGGGAAUGCUGGGACGGAAGGAUUACUGAUUACUAGAGUGACAGCGGAGCUUCCACCGGAUUCGGGAAUUCUGUCCGAAACCUUUCUGCCAACCCGUAUCUCAGGACAGAGACAGAAAAAGCGAGAAUGCACGAGACGGACAUUGUGGCGUACCACAUUGGCAGCAACUACACCCUCAACCAGACGGACGUCCGGAUCGUACUCGAGGAUGAGAACCUCUAUAAGGUGCCAAUCGGGCUGCUGGUGCUGCUGUCACUGUUCUACGGCACCAUCAGCCUGCUGGCCGUCAUCGGGAACUCGCUGGUCAUCUGGAUCGUCCUGACCACCAAACAGAUGCAGACGAUAACGAACAUGUUCAUCGCUAACCUUGCGCUGGCCGAUGUCACCAUUGGCGUGUUCGCCAUUCCCUUCCAGUUCCAGGCGGCACUGCUGCAGCGCUGGAACCUGCCCGAGUUCAUGUGCCCGUUCUGCCCGUUCGUCCAGCUUAUCAGCGUCAACGUGUCCGUCUUCACGCUGACGGCCAUCGCCGUCGAUCGGCAUCGAGCCAUCAUCAAUCCGCUGCGGGCGAGGACUUCAAAAAACAUUUCCAAAUUCGUCAUUUCCGCCAUCUGGCUGCUUUCGUUCGCGUUGGCCGCACCGAUCUUGUUCGCGCUGCGCGUUCGCCCUCUUUACAAUAUCGUGCUGGGUGGUAUGAACGAAACGUACACCAACGUUACGGUACCUUUUUGUAAGAUCGUCAACUUCGAACCCGCCGAAAUCCAGCUGUACCGGUACGUGCUGGUGCUGGUACAGUACUUCAUUCCACUGUUCGUCAUCAGCUUCGUUUACAUACAGAUGGCCUUCCGGCUGUGGGGCUCCAAAACGCCCGGCAAUGCGCAGGAUUCGCGCGACAUUACCAUGCUGAAAAACAAGAAGAAGGUUAUUAAAAUGCUGAUCAUCGUCGUGGCUCUGUUCGGUGUGUGCUGGUUUCCACUGCAGCUCUACAACAUCCUGCAUGUCACGGUACCGGAAAUCAAUGAAUAUCGCUUCAUCAACAUUAUCUGGUUCGUGUGUGACUGGCUGGCGAUGAGCAACAGCUGCUACAACCCAUUUAUCUACGGUAUUUACAAUGAAAAGUUCAAGCGCGAGUUUCGCAAACGUUACCCUUUCAAGCGCGGCCAAAGCUUCGCCCACCAGCACGAAUCAGACAAAACGUCGUCGAUAUUCACGCGCGUCAGCUCGAUCCGGUCGAGCUACGCCACCUCGUCCAUCCGGAACAAACUCAGCACCGGUCGCUACUCGGCCCCGAAGCAGCUGCCGCUGGCGUUCAAGUUUCCACCGGCCACGGCCCUGCACUACCAGCACCACGGACCAGGGCAGCUACUGCAUGAGCUUGCGCCCGGUCGGCCAACGGGUCGGCGGAACGAGAACUAUCCAACGGAAGGAGCCAGCAGUGAUGGUGGUAGUAGUGGUUGUGGUGGUGGUGCUCUGCUGGCAGCAACCAACUUCUGUCACGAGCGAACUCAACCGGAUCUGGACGGUAGCCAUCAUUGUCCGGUGGGUGAUCUCAGUAGCCAGCAGCAGCAGCAGGCGAAGCAACAACUACUGAAGAUGACGAUGGCCUCCAGCGCGACGGAUGACGACGAGGACUACCGGCUACGGCCGUACGCGCAACCACUCGGUGAGCAAGCAUCCCGGGAGCAGGUUCCGCUUCGUUCGAACGGAAACUGCGAACUGAAGCGACGGUCCGGCCAGCGGAACCAUGGGCCACCAUUCAAACAUCCGCAUCCGGACAGCGGAGGUGAAAGUGUUGACGACGAAGGUUCGAGGGACGAUCGACCGAAGCAACCACCGGCACCAACGCCAUCCGCCGAUCCGCGAACCCACCUUUACUGCAACAGCCUCGAGGACCUGAACAGCCAGUACUGAAGCCGCCCUCCGGCUUUCGACCGGAAUCGUGACCCUUUUCCACGAAUCCUCCCCAUCAAGCAGGAAGCUGGGACGUGAAGUUGGUCUCGAGAGUUGAGUCUCCCCGUCGAACGUUUUGGAGGUAGGGAGACAAACAAGAGUACAAAUCGACGAGCUUUGUACCAAAUCCAAU